AUGAGCUAUUCGGCGUUCCCAGUCGCCCUGCAGAACAAACUGCUAGGCUAUGGCCGUGCGUCCAGUGCCCAUCUGUCUGUCCUAAAUUUGGACCUCAUCCGCAACAUUGUAUUUGUACUUUUCAUUCUCCGCUAUACCCGCAAAUCCUUUUACUCUCUCCGCGGCUACGGUCUCUUCGGUAGUAUUCGCAAUGUCUACCUCGCUAUCCGCCUGUUCUGUUACUCGGUCCUUUUGCGCACCCCCGGUGUGCGCGGCAAAGUCGACAAGGAGGUGAAUACCGCCCUUGAGGACUUGCAGAAGAAGCUUGUACCGACUGGACCGGAUGUCGAUCGGUAUCUUACGCUUCCGAAGGAAGGUUGGAGUGCGGAGAAGGUCCGUGAGGAGCUCGGGAAACUCGCCGGCAUGAAACGCACGCGCUGGGAAGAUGGUCGGGUGAGCGGUGCUGUUUACCAUGGAGGCGAGGAUUUGUUGAAACUCCAGGCGGAGGCCUUUGGUCAAUUCGGUGUUGCGAAUCCUAUUCAUCCGGAUAUCUUCCCUGGAGUUCGGAAAAUGGAGGCCGAGAUUGUUUCUAUGGUCUUGAAUAUGUUCAAUGCUCCUUCUGAUGGGGCUGGUGUCACCACCAGUGGCGGCUCGGAAUCGAUCAUCAUGGCUUGUUUAGGUGCCCGGCAAAAGGGAUUCUUGGAGCGCGGCAUUACAGAGCCUGAAAUGAUUAUUCCCGACACUGCCCACGCUGCUUUCAUCAAGGCCUGCAACUAUUUCAAGAUUAAACUGCACCGGGUUCCUUGCCCUGAACCUGAGUUCAAGGUGGAUGUUCAUGCCGUGCGUCGCCUGAUUAACCCCAACACUGUACUUCUUGUUGGAUCUGCACCGAACUUCCCUCACGGAAUGGUCGAUGAUAUCCCCGCCUUAUCCCGCCUGGCGACCAAGUAUAAGAUUCCUCUCCACGUCGAUUGCUGUUUAGGAUCUUUCUGUAUCGCCCUCCUCAAGAAGGCUGGCUUCCCCUCGCCGUACGAGGAGGAAGGCGGUUUCGAUUUCCGCCAGCCUGGUGUCACUAGCAUCAGUGUGGAUACACACAAGUACGGCUUCGCUCCCAAGGGUAACUCCGUUCUGCUUUACCGCAAUAAAGCCUACCGAAGCCACCAAUACUUUGUCUACCCUGAUUGGUCUGGUGGUGUCUACGCCUCGCCCUCUGUGGCUGGCUCACGACCUGGCGCUCUGAUCGCUGGUUGCUGGGCUAGUCUGAUGAGCGUCGGUGAGUCCGGUUACAUCAACAGUUGUACCGAGAUCAUCAAUGCCUCCCGCAAGUUUGAGUCUGCAAUUCGCACACACCCCGUCCUCUCGCUGCAUAUGGAGGUUGUCGGCAAUCCCAUGGUCAGCGUGGUCGCUUUCCGCAGCAAGAAUGGCGCCAUUGAUAUUUACGACGUUGCUGAUGAUAUGUCCGCCCUUGGGUGGCACUUGAAUGCUCUGCAGUCGCCUCCAGCCAUGCACUGUGCCUUCACCAUCCCUACCGCCAAGGCUGUUGAUCAACUCAUCACUGAUCUGCUCAAGGUUAUUGACAAGGAGCUUGAGAAGGCUGAGGAGCGCCGCAGACAAGGAAAGUCAUAUAUUCUGCAGCGUGGUGACACUUCCACUCUCUACGGUGUUGCCGGCAGCAUCCCUGACAAGAGUGUUAUCAGCCGCCUGGCCGUCGGCUUCCUCGACACUCUGUACAAAGCCUAA